CAUAUCGUAGUGUGAAUGUAUCACGCACAUGGUACAGCUUUUGGUCCAGCUGUUGUUACCAGCGAUCCAAACGAAUGCAUUGAUUACCUAAAUAGUAUUAGUGCACACAGGGGAGGCGAUUGUCCGGAACUCUGUCUAUCCGGAAUUGAGCUUGCGUUAACAAAUUGCCUUCCUAAUUCUGAUGUCUACGUGUUCACGGACGCUGACCCUAAAGAUGAGGAAAAAGAAUCGAACGUAGUCACAUUGACAAAAGAGACCAACUCACGUGUGCAAUUCAUCUUGACAGGAUCAUGUUCUAGAAGACGACGGCGUGAUAUUAGAAAAGUUAGGUCAACAACCUUGUCUUCGUAUGAAAUUAUAGCAGAGGAAAGUGGAGGAGCUGUUUAUCAAGGAAGCAAAAGUGAUAUAGAGCAAUUAGUGAAUCUAUUGGACACAAACGUUGGCGCGGCUCUUGUGUACGUUGCUAAAUCCUACAUCACAAGAUUCCACACUUUGUUGUUUGCGAUUGACGAAACCAUCAGUACGCUUACCAUAUCAAUAUCUUCAGGGUCUUCGAACGAUGUAAUUGUUUAUACCCCAUCAGGUACAAAACUAGAUUUAGCGGACCCAAAUGUAACCGUAACUGUUAACACAUCGUCAGUGUUUUCUGUUACGGUCAGAUCACCAGAGCGCGGUGAAUGGUCAUGCAACUGUAGUGAUUCAAAUUCUUGUGAUGUGGAAGUGACAUCACAGAGUACUGUAGAUUUCCAGUACCGAUUGAUAACAGUGGAUGAGACAACAGGUCUUGCAAACGAUAUUGAUGGUAGUCCUGUGGCUGGAACAGAGUUGGCUGUCAAUUUAAAGGUAUUUGGAGUAACAUACGUUUCUUCAGUGGAUUAUAUAGAGCUAGUUAGUCCAGCCGGCGUUGUAGUCAAAUGUAUAGUACUUUCAAAGGUAGAAAGCAGAACCGACGACACUUAUUCUGCAACGUUCAUUGUUCCAAGUGAGGUGUUUUCUGUGAGUCUACAAGCAAGCGAUAAACAUGGUAACAGUAUACAGCGUCUAAAACCAACAAAAAUAAAACCAGAAACGUUUCAGCUGGUGCAAAUAUCAAGUGAUGCAGAUGAGUUGAUUCCCGGAUCAUCUAUCGUUACAAAAUUCAGACUAAUCAAUUCAGGGCCACAAAAGAUGUUCACCCUAUCCGAUUCCAUUAACGGGGGAGGCAACACUAUUUCCUCAGGUAUUAGGCCGCCAUCUGUUCUUGCUUCAGCUUCAAAUGUGGAGAACAUCACCCAUACAUUGUAUGCAUCAUCAGCGGCUCAAGUUGGAACCUCCAUAACUGUCACAGUGAGAGCCGAGGAAUCUUCCACUGGAUCCUUUAACUAUGUUGUAUUCUGGACGUCCGUAAAUAAUGCGUCGACGCUGGUUGUGGAUAACGAACACCCAACUCUAACACACGUAUGGGGAACUGCUGCAUGCGGAAAUGAUACGUUAGAUCGAAACACAUGUUCUCACCAUCCUUGGAAUAUCACCUACGAAUUUACUGACAAUACGGCAUUAGGGUCAAUAACGUUUUACCCACCUAUUGGUAUUGGAAAGCUGUACUCAUCAGGCCAAGGAGCAACUUCUAAUGUGACAUUAAAUGGAACAUGCUGUUGCCCACUAUUUUCUGUGACAGCUGCAGAUGUGUCUGGUAACUCUCUGACGAUAUCUGCAAACAUAACAGAGCCAGGAUCCACAUCACCGACAUGUCUUCCACCCGAACCAAAUGGUUUACCACCAGGUGCUUUUACACUAGGUCCGAGAACUACUGGCAGUCUUUCGGAGACAGCCACUAUGGACAACAGUUUCAGAUGUACCUGA